CUCUCUCCUCUUUGUACUCAUCUCUCCGCCUACCCUCACAGUCCCCAUAGUAACUACUGAGAUCAUCUUAGCAACGCACAGAAGGAGACUAAGCACCCAUCCGAGGAAAGCGUCUGGACACUACAGGUCUUGAGCUAAAUGCGUUCAUUUUACAAUUAAGUGUUUGCCUUCAUUCGUCGAUUGCCUAUAGAAUUCGGGUUGCCUGAUAACGCGAAAUUACUAGAACACAAGGGACGCUGACUGGUUUGAGGAUUUUUGUUUGGAUUUUUUGGCUAAGAUGAAGUUCGUUGUUGUCCUGGUGGCCGCCGGGGUUCUGGCCUUUCUCGGCGCAGCCAUUUGUAUAAUUGCCGGUGUUUACUCACGUUCGUCGCCUGCUGCACCUCAAGCUCUAGCUGACAACCGAUCUUUGUCCACGGAAUCUCUUUUACAGCCACUCUCCCCUGGAUCCGUGGCGCAUGCGGGCCCUCUGGGAGCUCUCCACGGUUCUGAAUCAUACGAAGGAGGGGGCCUGGGCCUUGGUAUGGAGGUUCCUACACUGAACGAGCUUAGCCCUGGAGAGGUGACUGGUGAGAACCGCAAACAAUUUACCUUCAGUCGGCUUAUUUGUACACCAAUUCCAGUCGGAGAUUGUAAAUCGAAAGGCUUUAACCAACAAGCCGACGACCCCUACGCAGAUGACGAGUGGAACUAUCUCAGAACCACUGCUGAAGAGCUACGGCAAACUGUCAUGCAGCAAAAUGAUCUGAUAGAAAGUGACCAGAGAACCAUAGGGGAAUUGACUGGAAAGCUUUCAGAAUGCGAAAGUGGACUAGAGGACAGCAGCAUCUCCGAGAGGAGCGUGGGGGUCUGGGCGGGUAACCGCCGCUUGAUGGCCGGGGAUGACGUGAGCGCAUCGGCUGCAGCACAACUGCAAACCGCCCGGGCUGUAGAGGAACUGGAGAAAGCCAUUCUCCAGCUAAAAGAUCGCAUUGAAAAGCUCGAGGCAGAAAUAGGGCCAGCGGUCCAGAACCACACAGACGUGGGCACCAAGGGCUUUAUCAAGGCCAGCGGCAAGCCCAGCUGGCGUGUGGAGGACCUGGAGGGGGAGCUGGAGAAGAAGAUGGAGCUCCUGGAGAAGGAGAGGAAGGCCUUGCGAAAGGAGACCCAGGGCCACCACAAGGAGAUCGACGAGGGACUGAACACCCUCCACAACCGCAUCGCCGAGCUGGAGCAGAGUCUUACAGACUACAGCUACCCAGAGGGCUAUAAACUGUCAUUCCCAGUACGUACCAACUACAUGUAUGGGAUGGUCAGAAAGGUCAUUCCUGAGAUGUACGCAUUCACAGCCUGCAUGUGGCUGAAGCACACAGAGGGGGGCAUCGGCACUCCUUUCUCCUACGCUGUCCCAGAACAGCCCAACGAGCUGGUGCUGCUCCAAGGGAUCCACAACCCUGUUGAGCUGCUCAUCAACGACAAGGUGGCACAGCUGCCCCUGUCCCUCCCUGUAGGCCUCUGGCAGCACAUCUGUAUCAGCUGGACUUUACGGGAUGGCGUGUGGCAGGCCUACCAAGGAGGCAAGCUGAAGGGCCAGGGUGAAGGUCUAGCUGCCUGGCAUCCUAUCAGACCUGGGGGUGUUCUCAUCUUGGGGCAGGAGCAGGAUACCCUUGGCGGCCGGUUCGAUGCGUCUCAGGCGCUGGUCGGGGAACUGUCCAAGUUCAACCUGUGGGACCGAGUGCUGACCCCCACAGAGGUGUCCAGCCUGGCCAGCUGCAGUGGCACAGCCAAGCUCGGAAACGUGUCCCCAUGGACAGACCGAGACGUUGACGCUUUCGGAGGAGCCACCAAAGAGCCAGUGGACCCCUGUGCCCGAGGCUCAGGGCCACAGCAGUAGGAAGGGGAGGCCCCAUGGGGGUGGGGGGGUGCUGGGAAGAUGUUUCGAUAUUCACCACAGUAGACCAACAACUGGUAAUGACCUUACGAGAGCAUUGCUGUGUGUCGUAUCUCAGUCUCCACACUGACAGUCUUUCUAGCACAGUCAUACUGAUGUGCAGAGUAGUCAUCUCACCCUAGUGGUGUUUUAAAGGGUGAUGGGUGAAGCCUGGUCGCAGCUUGGUGUAAUUACUCAGUGCGUUGGCGAGGGGGACGGCCAGGUCUGGGCUGCUGAGCACUGAGAAGGUUCAUCUAGUCUGCUGCUUGUACUGUUCUCUACAGGUUUCCUGUGUGAUAGUUGCCAUUUUAAGUGUUGCUACAGUGCGUUUUUUGCAUACACAGCAAAAUAAUGGAAAUCAAAAUGUGUGUGUGUGUGUGUGUGUGUGUGUGUGUGUGUGUGUAUGUGUGUGUGUGUGUGUGUGUUUGUGUGUGUGUAUGUGUGUGUGUGUGUUUGUGUGUGUGUAUGUGUGUGUGUGUGUGUGUGUGUGUGUGUGUGUGUGUGUGUGUGUGUGUGUGUGAAUGUGUGCGUGCUUGCGUGUGCCUGUGUGUACGUGUGUGUCUCAACUCAUAUUUAACCAUAGGUCAUUGCCAUAACUGGUUUGAGCACCAUAUUAUAAUGUGCAUCUUGUAUGUGUAAAGCUUCUGUCACAGUCUCACAAGCUUGUGUUGGUUGUACUCGCUGGUUUGCAGAUAUUGUGGCUGUGAUGUGUUGUGAUUAGGUCAAGGCUAUUCCAACAGUAAGCAAGCUUGGGCAGUGUUGUAAUAAACUUGUAAUGAGCCGCCCUCUAUAGGUCCUGGGUAUGCCCAGGAACAUGUCGAUUGUGCUGGUAAUGUUACGUAACUGAAUGGCACUCAGAAAAAAUCAAUGUACGUACAUGUUUGUUAUCUAAGGUAAUGCAGGCUUAUCAAGACAAUAGGCCCUCAGUACACAUGGAUGAUUCCACCUAAUCUCAUCAAUCAGCCAUCCAUUACCUUCGGUUAGUCCCCAGCAAAAGCCAAAUUGUAUUUAUUACCUUGAAUGUACAAACAAUAAGAAUGAAAAGAAAAGUGUGUGAGAGGAGACUAAGCCCUUACACGUGUGUAUUUAACGAUGUUUUGGCUGCUAACUCUCAGCCAUGCCUCACAAAUUAUAUUACGAAUGGUUGUAAAGUGCCUGAAAAUAGCCCAAAAUCUUUGAUUUUCUUUUUUCUAUCGCUAUGGGUCAUGGUGUUGAUAACAUGUGAUGUCAUUGUUGAGCUUGUUCAGUUGCACCUCCAUGGAUCUUCGAUAAAAUUGUAAACUGUGGAUAAAAAAGAAAUAAAAU